AGCAGUUCAGUUUAUUUUGGAAUAAAUCCAACAAUAUGUUCAUCUUCUUUUGUUUUAUCUUCUUUUGCUCACUGAACAGUCUCUGAUACAUACUGCACCAAAAAUUAAUGUUGAACUCUUAGGGUUUUUGUUGAAGAAGAUUUUUCACUUCAGUGAAAGAUCAAAAUGGAGAAAAGAAAUUCUAAGGCUUUUAGUAAAGAAGAGUAUGGACUUUGGUUAGAAAGAAGGAAGCAGAAGAACAAAGAUAUCUUGCCAACUUACGAAGCUGUACAAACCCUUAUUCAAGAAGAGAGUACAGCCAUUGAUAACUUCGAGCAAAUUCUCAAUGAGGUUGAACGAUUGCAUGAGUUGGCUGCUACUGCAACAGAACAGGUACUCGAUGCCAAAGCUCUUUUGGAUUUUGUUAAUAAACUUUUAUUGUCGAUUAAAUCUUCCGGAAAUAAAGAAAUUAGUCCUGCUUCCUUUAUUACUGGUUUGCUUACAAAGUAUGGAGAUAAAAAUGGUUCAAAACCAUUCAACUGGAGUGCUCUUGGGGAGAAUGUAGUUGGUUUGUGCAAUAAUGUCUGUAGAAGUUGCAGCACCAUGGUUGGACCUUUGGAUGUUGAGAUGAAAACUAAGAAAGUGGUUUCAGCAAAACGUAAGAGAUCUCUAGCUGAUGUUGAGCAUCCAGAAGAACUGAAAAAUGCUGCAACAGAAGAGGACGCAGCAACAGACAAAAAUGUUGCUAUAAUGUUCAACAUUAUGAAGAGCAGGAAGAAACCUGAAAAGGUUGAAAACCUUAUAAUGAAUAAAGAUUCUUAUGCACAAACAGGAGAAAAUAUGUUUGCACUUUCAUUUCUGGUGAAAGAUGGGAGAGCUGAAGUGAAAAUUGAUAGUAAUGGCCAUCAGGUGGUUUCGCUAAGGAAUGCGCCUCACCCUGAUAAAGUAAAAUCAGGGGAGGUUCAGUAUAGCCAUUUUGUUUUCAGGCUGGACUUCAAGGAUUGGGAGAAAAUGAGACAUUUAGUUGCUGCUGCGGAUGAGGUUAUGCCUCAUCGUCAGAACCCGGCUGAAACUGAGAGUGCUCCUCCUUGCAAGUAACCAUAACUGUGGGUAACUGAAAGAAUGGCUUAGAGGGUGUUUUGGUAGUCUUUUGCACAGCUAAUUUUAAAGUCAACACAUGAUUAGAUUUCAGGCUGUUAUAUGAUUGUAAAGGUUUCAUAGAAAUUGAGGUCUUAAUGCUAUGUAAAGUCACGUUACAAAUUUGAUAAUGAAAAA